AAACCACUCUCCAAAUUCGUGAAAUCUCACAAUCAUCAUCCGAUCAAGCGACAAUGGUUUUCCUCAAAUUGUUGUUCGGCAAGAAAAAACGCGAGAAAGUAGUAGUACGAUCCCAAAGGCCGACGCUUAAGGGUGUUAUGACGGCUAUGUUAGCAACACAAGCCGCAAUAUUCCUCUUGUUACUGGCCGGUCUAUCUCUAACCGGCACAGCCGUGGCAUUCGUCGCCUCCAUGCCGCUGUUCCUCCUAUUCAGCCCGGUUCUCGUACCCGCAGGUAUUACCACCACUAUUCUUGCUUCGGGUUUAAUGGCCGGAGGUAGCUCCGGUGUGACGGCUCUCACCAUCAUCUUGUGGCUCUACAAGAAAUUGACGGGUAAAGAGCCGCCAAAAAUUCCAGGAUUGACACCGGCUGGUGGAGGAGCUGCAGCUGCCCCAGCAGCAGGUGGAGCUGCAGGAGGUGAAGCAGCAAAACCAGCAAAAAAACCAGCAGCUAAACCGGCAGCUAAAUCGGGAAAAUAAGUCAAGGACAUAAACAAAGGAUGAUACUGAAAUUCCAUAAACUAAUUAUUUAUCCACUUUUUUUGUUGCUAAAUAUUAAUUACGUGCUGAUGAAAUUUAAUUUCUCAAAUGUCAUUCUAUUAAUGUAUGCUGUGUGCUACGGAAACAAUAACAAAUGUAUUCGUGUUUAUUGUUAUAGUAGUAUUUUUAAACGAGGUUUAUAUAUGAUAUUAA